AUGGCAGCUAAAAAGCCUGACAGGAAAUUCUUCCUGGGGCCAGGUCAGGGCCGCAGUCCGGAGGGGCCGGGGGCCUGGUCCCGGCUGCAGGGCACGGGCCGUGGGUCGGGCUGUCUGCGGCAUCCACGGCGGGGCCCAGGCCCAGGCGUGCCUCACGGUGCCAGCAGAUGCUGCAGGGCUGCGCGGGGCGGCGCCAAGUCGCGCGGGGUCCUGGAGCGGACGUCGCGGGCGCUGCGCAGGGACCCCUGGGAAGAUAAAAGAAAGAGAAGGCGCCCAAACCCACCAAGAAGCCCAAGGAGAAACUACCUAAGGGCUCCAAGAAGCCCAAAAAGGACGCUCCCAAGCCCACCAAAAAACCCAAGAAGCCUCCCAAAGCCACCAAGAAGCCAUCGGGGAAAGAAAAAGCCAGAGGCAACACCCCCUGUCCAACCUGAGAAGGAAGAGAAGGACAGGUAUUACCAGCCUGAGGAUCCCCUGUUCCCUCCCCCUGCCAGAGAGGAAGAUGACUACGGGGUGGCCGAGCCCUCCAGGCUCCCCUCACCAUAUGAUGAGGAGGAGCGAUCCCAGGUAUAUGGGGAACGGGACAGAGGUAAGCCCCACUGGCUGACCAGCUGGAUCACCUAUCACUGCAUACACAUAGCUUGUACCCACCCCAUCUUGACCCACAGCUUGCCCCCUCCCCGGCACCCCAGGGGGGCACGAGACUCCGGCUGUGCAGGACAGUCUUGCCCUGAGAAGGUCCAGUCAGCAGCUAUCUCCCUGAUGGCCCUCAAACACAGGGUGAGGAGAGGGGCACUGCUCAGACUACCUUGGGCAUGACGGAGCAAAGCCAACACCUGAACUAGCACCUAGGA